CCAGGCGUCAAAGUCAAUACCACGUACUAUUAGGUACGACUACAACUUUUGAAAUAGAUGAAUAGUAUUGAUAUCCCUUCUUUCAUUGUUCCGUUCUUCUCGUGUAUUAUCAUCCUAGAAGUUGUUCGAUGUUUUCAUCGCCCUUAUUCAUUUCUAAGAGAUCCGUAUCUAUAACUGCUCCUCGUCACGCUCCUCGUCUUGAUGUUAGAUGAAUGAUCCUUCUAAAUCCUCUAAAUCCACGUAUAAGAAGAAACGGAAAAGGCGACCCACGAACUUCACGAUUUGUUUUGGAGCGACUGGUAACCGUAACAAUUCCUGCGCUUUCAUAGGCUGCGAUUGGAUGCUUGCCACAGAAUAAAAGCUCCUCAUCAUGAUCACCGCAGUAGAAGAAUCAUGUUUGAGUGGUUACUCUCCCCCAUUUCCGCUAGUUCUUCUUCAAACAGUUCUCCAAGAGCCUCUUCUUCAUCAAGCGAAACAAGAACAUCUCCAACAACAAUGUAUUCUUCGAGUCAGCGCAUGCGUCACGAAGGGGAGGUGACUGCCUUUCGUCGUCGCGGCAAAAUCGACAAAUCCCGGGAUAAUUGGGCGCAACGGGAAGCAAGAUUGUUAGAAUCGGGUUGCAAAGUGAUGUACCAUGCUACUAGCUUUUAUGAACGAGGAUUGAAGAUGGGCAUGAAGACAAUGCGCACUCCAGGUAGUACUCUGCCUUCUAGGUACUGUACUACGUAAGUGCGAAGAAGUGCCCUUUUUCAAUGAAGUCAACAAAGAUAGCAUUCAAGAUAGAAGAAGGUAUGGCACUGCCUCCAUGCCACUUUACUCCUAGAGAUAUAUAGAGAAACAAUUUGUGUUUUCUGAAUUUUUCUAAUUCGCAGAGGCAGCUGCAAAAAUUGAAAGCGAAGGUAAAUUGCGAAGAGGUUGUACGGGUAUCCUAGGUGGCGCCAUCUAUCUUGCGGAAUCAAAGGCAGACGCCAUCCACAAACAACGAACAGUCACGAAGGAGAAGGGAAAAACGAAAGGAAAGGUUUUCAGAGUGAAAUUAUGGAGGGAGGUAGAAGUAUAACCCGUUGAGAAGGUUGUCAAAAUAUUAGAGCAAGAUAUCUCCAGGUCAUGAUCAUCCUUCUAAUCCCAGUCCGUCUAGGCAAUUGCAAGGACUUCUCAUGCGCCGACCACGAGGCGGACUUCUGGAAGCUACUCGCUGAAGGCUAUGACAGUGGAAGAAUCAUGCCUCAGGCGUUGUGGGAAUACGCCGUUUACAACUCUGACCAAACGGUUCUAGAAUUGCCAGGAGUGGAAUUUGAGGUGUAGAGCAGCAGGGUCUAGAAGGUGUGAAAGUUAAUGUGUUGAUCAUGUUCUUGUGAGGAAAAGUUAUGAUAUAUACAUAGAUGUUGUUCUUGUUUCGAUGUCAUGUGGAUUUCUUCUACUUUUAACUCUUCAGUAGUUUAAAAGUUAUCUCUUUAGGAGUUUGAAAAACUGAUAUAUGUACCAGGGAGGGAGGCCCCCCCCUGUGGAUGGACAGAUAAAUCUAGUUAAGAAAAUAUCCUUAAAAAUGAUUAAAUGCAUGCAGGAAUGACUUGUCAUUACUGCAUUAUUUAUUUAAUCUGAACUUGACAAAUAAAC